GUGGGAAUUCCGUCUAGCUUGUCUCUUAAAACUUAAUCAUGGCGACCUUCUUUCAAAGUGUCCGCCAAGGGUUUGGCCGGGGUGGCAAUAACAAGAAUAACAACAACAAUAACGUCCCCAAGAUGAACAAUGGAAGCCCAGCUCAGUCGCCAGCUCCUCAGGUUCCCCAGGCGGGUCCAGUGCCCAACUCGCCGUCUAUCGCGUCAAACAUGCCCCUGGACGGCCCCGCAGCAUACGACCCCGAUGCACCCAAGUACUUUUUCCAGGAAAAGUAUGCCCCAUUAAAUGUCAAGGGUAAUUUCUUGACAUUAUGUGCCUGCCCUAAGAAUGUGGAGCUUGGGGAAUGGCUGGCGCAUCAGAUUGUCGAACAAUAUCGCUUGCUCCAUGGUAUGCUCCAGGUUAUCCAGGAGGUUAAUGGAGUUACUGGUGUCCCCAUUUGCAACGAGACCACCUGCCCAACUAUGUCUGCUGGACGCCUAACGUAUACCUGGCUCGUGGAUGGUCGUGCUGCCAAGAUAUCUGCCCCCAAGUUCAUCAACCGUGUCGAGAAAUGGAUUAUCAGCAAGAUCCAUGACCCCGUUAUGUUCCCCACCGACAAGGUCAACGGCUUGCCGGAUACCUUCGCGCUCCAUGAGAUCUCGGGCACCAGCCCCUCCAGUCCCGGCGCGAACACGCCUGGCGAGGAGUGGAUUGGCAAGUCUAGUGGCUUCCCCCAGACAUUUUACAAAGACUGCCAAGGAAUCAUGAAGCAGAUGUUCCGUUGCUACGCCCAUCUGUACCAUGCACAUUGGCUGCACCCUUUCUGGCACAUUAAUAAACACGACAUCCUCAACAUGUGUUUCGUACAUUUUGUUACAGUCGCCAAAUAUUACAAGCUUGUUUCGGACAAAGAGAUGGAGCCUAUGCAGCCAUUGAUCGAUCUCUUCAUUAAACAGCAGAGAAUCCCCCCCGAGGCGCUUUCGGGCGGUCACUGGGGCCAACCAAAUUCUAGCUGAGCUAGAAGUCGUUGUAUUUCUGCAUUUACCUGCAAUUGAUCGCCUUCCAACCUGGCGUUGGAAAUUUGUUGGUCUUACGGUCAAGCUUUGCAUCUCUUUCCUGUAUUUCUUUUGCUUUUUCUUUCUAUUUUAUGUUUUCUUAUCUCCUGUUCUUAGACUGUGAAAGCGUGAUAUAGUGGAUGACACGGCUUGAGUUGAGAGUCUGCGCAUUAAGCAUAUGAUGUGAAUAUCUCUUUCGUGUUACUUUUGCAAUUACCCGUUAAAGUAAUCCGUCCUAUUAGGUUAUACUCACCAAUGCCGCUGUUCUUAGCCUCCACAAUAAGUGCAUAGAACUCCAUGACAAGUAUUGAUGGUGGGGCCGGGAUAAUCUUGGUUAUUCC